UAGCCAUAGUUUGUGUCUUUACAUUUAAAUUCAAUACUUUGCUCGAUAUGAAAUUUGCGAUCAUUUUCUUGUUUUUAUUGGUAAAAAUUUGUGAAUCGAAUGAUUUCGAGUGUGGUUAUGCGGAUGACCGAAUGCAAUCUAUCGAAUUUUAUUGGACAAAUUAUGAAGGUUCUGUUCCGGUCGAUUGUUCAAUGACUUUUCAAUGCGCGAUAGCUGCAUAUAAUAAGUCAAAAGUGACAAAAUUAAAACUUGGUGGUUGUGAUUCUGUAAAAGUGACGAAAAUCGCCGAAGAUUUUCCCAAUUUGAAUGCAUUGGACAUUUCACAUUCUGGAAUUGAAUCACUGGACCACUUCAAUUUGCACCACGAACAUUUGAUGAGUUUAAAUGCGUCGCAUAAUCGACUAACCCAAAUUCCCAUCAAUUUCUUUUUUAAACUAACCCGGAUCGAGUCGGUGGAUUUUUCGCACAAUAAAAUUAUCGAAAUUAAUGAAUUUCCCAUUGAAUUGGUGACCAUCAAUUUAUCACACAAUGAAAUCUCAUAUUUGAAUCCAACUGAUUUCAAGGACCUCACGGACUUGGAACACUUGGACUUGAGCUACAAUUUAAUCACCGAAUUUGCUUCCGAUAAUUACAUACUUUCUUAUAACAACAAGCUAAAGACACUUGGAUUAACUGGGAAUCCAGUAAAAGAAUUCGAUUUUAGACUCUCCCAGUUGGUGCAGAGAGGAGUUUCGGUGUUUGUUUCUUGGUUUUUUAUCACAGAAUUACGAAUGUGGAAUGACCAGACUGGAAAAGUGCUUGUGGUUCUGAGCGACGAUAAACAGGGUGUUUUCCAUACGAAAACUGGAAGCGUAGAGUUUCAUUGCCGUGAAAUGAGUUUUGAGCACAUUUUUAGAGCUGAGAUCAAAGGCACUGAAAUCGAGAACCCCAACGACCUACUGCAGUGUCUCUCAUCGUCACUCGAAUAUUUGGAAUUAUCCGAGAUCUUCGAAGGAACACUAAACUUGAAUCUGCUCGAUCGCUUCAAAAAUUUGGUAAAUCUUUCAUUGCGCAGUGUAAAAUUGGGGAACUUUGACUUGGAAAUACUUCAAAAUCACAGGAAUCUCAUAUUUCUUGAUCUGUCAGACAAUCAUUUGAAAACAAUCCACAACGUCCCGCGCUUGGCAGACUUUAAACAUCUCAUUGACUUGGAUGUUGAAGAAAAUCAAAUUGAUAACAUACCAGAGUUACUUCGCCACUUGAGCUCGAAAAUAGUCAAUUUGAAUUUGGCCGGAAAUUAUGUGGGGCCAUUGACUGAAACUACAUUCGCCAAAUUUAUCAAUAUGAACAGAUUAAUAUUGAAAAACACAAGCCUUACUUUGGAGAAUUUGAGGCCGUUCGAACCAUUUCGUGAACUCCAAGAACUGGAUAUUUCCCACAACAAUUUGGAAAAUGUAGAUAUUACAAUGUCAUCAACGCUGUUCAGUAAACUCAAGAGAUUUUAUGCGGCUUAUUGUAACAUUGAAAACACACCAAAAUUGAUAAAUCAACUGGGGUCAACUAUUCGGUUCUUGGAUUUGUCGGGAAACUUCAUUGGCGAAUGGAAUGCUAAAAUGUUUAAAAAUUUGAAAGAACUGAGAUACAUAAAUUUAAGCAACACAAGUUUAAGUUUCAUUGAUGCCAAUGUAUUUGAAAAUCAUCCCAAAAUCAACAAAGUCGAUCUGUCUUAUAAUAAGUUGAAUGCGGUGGAUUUUGCAUUCGGCUCAAAUAAAUUGAAUUCGCUGAAUUUGGAAGGAAAUGAUUUAAGAGAAAUGGACGAUUUUACAAAAACGCGGUUUCCAUCGAUUACACACUUGGACAUUUCAAAUAAUCAAUUCUCAUGCAAAUAUUUGGAGACAUUUUUACCACAAAUUAUGCACGAGUGGCCGGAUUUAAUGAUCUUUAAUCAUUCGUGGACACAAAAACAUGGCGAAAUGUGUCGACAGGAAGGAAAUCAAGUCGACAUAAUGUCUAACACUCUUCAAACUAUGGUUUUUCGUAAAAUUGCAUUCUCACUAGUUUCUAUAUUGUUUCUAAUCGAAUUGUGUAAAUCGAAUGACUUAAAAUGUGUUGUCAUCAAAGAUGGAUUGGAAUCGUUUGAGUUUUAUUGUGAGAAUUACAAAGGAAACUUCCCGAUCAAUUGUUCGACCGCAUUGUUGGAUUCAUAUGACCAUUCUUCAAACUUUAGUGUGAUCCGUUUAAAAAUUGGUGGUUGUGAUCCUAUUUUGGCGAAUCAAUUUGUCGCCUAUUAUCCCAAUUUGAAUUCAUUGGAUAUUUCGGAGUCAGAGUUAGUUUCUUUGGAAUCGUUUGAUAUAAAUUUAAAUGAUUUGAGAAAAUUCAAUGCAUCACAUAAUAACUUGACUAACAUUCAACCGAAUUUCUUUGGAAAUAUGUCCAAUAUUUCAACUAUUGACUUUUCAUCAAAUCAAUUGAUCGAAAUUCGGGAUUUACCGUGCAAUUUGGAGUAUAUCGAUGUAUCGAAUAAUAAUAUAUCGUUUCUAUAUCAAGAUGAUUCCGAAAAUAAUCAGCAAAACUUGAAGGAAAUGCGGCUAAAUGGCAAUCCAAUUUGGGUUUUUAAUUGGAAACUGUUGCCGCUUAUGGAAUGGGCGUAUUCCAUAUCAAUUUCAUGGGGUCAAAUGGCGCAAUUUAAAAUAUGGAGCUCUAUUCAUCGACCGAUCCGCAUCGUUUCGAACCAUAGCUUUGAAGGAUUUUUACCGGCAUCAAACGGAACGAUUGAAUUCUAUUGCAGUGAAGGAAGCUUCGAAAGUAUCAAUCGCUUUGAAUUCAUCAACAAUGACAUCAUUAAUCCAAAUGAACUUGUCAAUUGCGUGGGAACAUCCGUUGAAUAUCUGUCAUUAUCCGGAAAAUUUGUCAAACCAUUGAAUUCCACUUUAUUCAAAUCGUUUGUUAAUUUAAAAGAAUUGAAUCUUCGUGGUGCACAGCUACGGGAGUUUGACUUUGGUCUUUUGGACAGAAUGACAGCACUUGAACGUCUCGAUAUUUCUCACAAUCACUUGGAUAAGACCAGCCCCGACAUUUCUUCACUGAAAAAUGCCAACAAUUUGGAAUAUUUGAAUGUGGCCGAAAAUCAAUUGGAAAUCACGAUCAAUUUGACUGAAUACUUGAGUCCGAAGAUUGUUUACUUGAAUUUGAACGGAAAUUAUGUGGGAGAAUUAAAGGAGAAUACAUUUGAAAAGCUGGUGAAUUUGCAAUAUUUGUAUUUAAUCAACACAAGCCUUUCACUUGUUGACCUCAGGCCAUUCGAGCCACUUCAUCAGCUGCGCACUUUGGACAUUUCACACAACAAAUUGGCAAGCAUUAAUUUAAACGCACCGGUUUCUUCGUUGAAACAUUUGCACUCAUUUCGAGCUGUGGAUUGUAAAAUUGCAAAUGCAUUGGAUCUUAUCAAGUUAUUUGCAGACUCAAUUCAUCUUUCCACACUCGAUUUGUCCGGAAAUUUUAUAGAAGCACUGGACGCAAGCGCCUUCAGUGAAUUUGAUGAGUUGAAGCGUCUCAAUUUAAGCAGAACCAAUCUGAAGGAAAUUGAUUUUUAUAUAUUAAACCAUAAAUAUGAACUACAGUCGCUGGAUCUAUCGUAUAAUCGUUUGGAACAUUUGAACUUUUUUACCGUGCUGAGUGAUUUAGAUUCACUUUAUUUGCAAGGAAACAAUUUGACCGAUAUCCAAUACUUGACGAAAUCACGAUUUUCUGAACUUGCUUAUUUUGAAAUUGCGAUGAAUCAAUUUUCAUGCGAGUCGUUGGAAACAUUUUUAACAAAGAUUAAAGUAGAGUGGCCACUGUUGACCAUUAAAAAUGACCCAUGGAAACAGAGCCAAGAGAUUUGUGAACCAAGUGAUGAUAAUAAUGAGGGAAAUAACAUUAAAUUUAUUAAAUUGAAAUAAUUUCGAAUUAAAUAACAAAAUGUGCAAUAUAGCCUUAGUUACUCAAAUGAAAUUUUCAUUAUUAA